AUGAGUGGAGCGUCAUCGUCGUCUAGUACCGCAGCGGCGACAGGUCAUUACACGACGGAAGACGACGAUGGAGUGGUGCAGAUGCGGAAAGAUCCGUACUGUAAGCCGGCAAAACAGUGUUUUUUAUGUGCGAAGAAAAUUGAGCUGGAUUACAAAAAUGCUCGCUUGUUGCAGCAAUUCGUUUCAACGUUCUCCGGAAGAGUUUAUGACCAACACAUUACUGGACUUUGUGAUGGGCAACAGAGAAGAUUACUUGAAACAAUUGCUUCAAGUCGUCGUGCUGGUUACAUGCCAGUAUUCGUGAAGGAUCCGAAGUAUCUCAGAGAUCCCAAGCUCUUUGAUCCAUUGAAACCUAUCCGGCCGCAUAGUUAUGCAUGA